AUGUUUGCUUCCUCACUUUCCCGGAGGCGCGUGGUUCGGCAGCGCCAGCAGCAGCAGCAGCAGCAAGAGGAGGGGCAGCCGCUGCUGCAUGAUGCUCGGUGCGAGCAGCAGCAGCUGCAGCUGCGGCAGCAGCAGCUGCGUCUGCAGCAGCAGCUGCUGCAGCAGCAGCAGCAGCAGCAGGUGAGGCCCCUGCGGCUGCUGCGGAAGUUCUUUUGGGAUCUGCAGCGCAGCUGCUGCGGGGGCCCCCUGGAGUGGAUUGUUGCUUGUCUUACAGGCCGCAGCCGGUUAGAGCGUUUGCUGCUGUCCUUCACUGGAACUGCUGCUGGGGGCCGGCGAGCUGCUUCUGCUGCUGCUGCAGCUUCUGCUGCUGCUGCUGCUGCUGCUACGGCGGCGGCAGCAGCAGCAGCAGCAGGGAAGCCCGCAGCAGCAGCAGCAGCAGCAGGGAAGCCCGCAGCAGCAGCAGCGGCAAAGGGGCUCCUGGGAGCCUCUCGCGGUGCUGCUGCUGAUGAGGACCUGCUGCUGCAGCAGGAAACCCCACCUGCUGCUGCUGCUGCUGCUGCUGUUGCUGCUGCUGCUGCUGCUGCUGUUCCCCUGAAGCUGCAGACGUAUUUAGAAGAGCACAAGAUAGAAGAUGGGCGCAGUCUGGCCCACGUGGCGCUGUGUCCUUCCGUGCCUCAUGAAGCAGCAGCAAAGUUUGUCUCUGCUGCUGCUGCAAUUCAAAAGAGAGAAGCGCAGCAGCUGCUGCUGCAGGCCCUCAAGCAGCUCCGCCUCGCCCAGCAGCAGCUGCUGCUGCUGCAGCAGCUGCAGCAGCAGCAGCUCGACGCCCACGCGCCCGAAACAGAACAGAAGCUGCUGUCUCUUUGGUGUCUCCUCGAAGACUCUCCGCCUCCUCCGUCUCUUAAGCACAGCAAGUCCGCAGAUUUAUCAUAUCCCAAGCAGCAGCAGCAGCAGCAGCAGCAGCAGCAGCAGCAGCAGCAGCAGCAGCAGCAACAGCAGCAGCUGCUGCUGCAGGAGCAGCAGCAGCAGGCCCCUGAUUUCGCUGAGGAGCAGCAGCAGCAGCAGCAGUCGCACCAGCAGCGACACCAGCAGCAGCAGCCCCAGCAGCCGCAGCAGCCGCAGCAGCAGCAGCAGCAGCAGCAGCAGCAGCAGCAGCAGGAGUCGACGUGGGCGUCUCUGGGGUUUCAAAGCCCGCUGCGGGACUUUCGGUUUGCUGCUGCUUUUAGUUUGGACUGUUUGCUGCUGACGGCCUGGGCCUUCAAGGAGACACUUAAGGAGACACUUAAGGCCUGCAGGCAGCAGCAGCAGCAAGCCGAACUCCCCUUCGCCAUCACGCACGUGAGCACGACUGCCUGGGUUUUGUCUCUUCUUAAUGAUGGAGAUCUGCUGCCAUUCUUUUUAAACCCGCUGCCGUCUGCUGCUGCGCUGCUGCAGCCAGAAGCAGCAGCAGCAGCAGCAGCAGCAGCAGCAGCAGGCGAUGCAGCAGGCGAUGCAGCAGGCGAAGCAUCAGGAAGCCUCUCCGAAGCGAGUUCCUGGGAGACAGAAGCAGCAGCAGCGGCAGCAGCAGCAGAAGCUGCUGCUGCUGAUCCUGCUGCUGCUGCUGCUGCUGCUGCUCUGCUGCAGCAAAGUCCCUCGGCGUUUGCUGUUUUCUGUCUCCUCCAGACUUUUGUUUUUGUCACUUUUGUCUCCUUUUGGGCUGCAGCAAAACCCCACACCAUCAUGCUCUUCAACAGCAUUUCAACGGAAUUUAAAACCAAACUUAAGAGUUUUUUCAGAAGUAAGAAUGCCGCUUUGCUGCUGCAAUGCGUUCAGCAGCAACAGCAGCAGCAGCAGCAACAGCAGCAGCAGCAGCAGCAGCAGCAGCAGCAGCAGCAGCAGCAGCAAGUGUGGGCAUUUGUGUGCCUCGCAGGCGUUUAUGAGGAGUGCAGCAGCAGCAGCAGCAAGGCAACAAGCUUGGGGUUGAUAUUUGCUGUUAAGGCCCUCGUUUUGGAGACAAAGGAGACACAGAAAACAGCAGCAGCAGCAGCAGCAGCAGCAGCAGCAGCAACAGGAGACAGUUUUGAGCUCGCCCUCCUGCGGCGCUGCCUCGAGGCUCACUGGCCCCACAGGACUUCCUCUUUUAUUCCUUAA